AUGGCUACAGCAGGACCUGCCAGGAUGUGGAUGCUGGGUGCUCUGACCACAGCCCUGCUUCUGGGGGUCACAGAGCCUGUUCUUGCAAAUGAUGUUUCCUGUGACAACCCUUCUUCCGCCGGGCACUCUGCGAGCAACCGAGACCUUGGAGCUGGGCCCCAGGAGGACACUCGGGGGCAGGACAGCAGCAGCCGCAUCAUAAACGGGUCCGACUGCGGGAAGCAUUCCCAGCCGUGGCAGGCCGCGCUGCUGCUGGGGCCCAACCAGCUCUACUGCGGGGCCGUGUUGGUGCACCCACAGUGGCUGCUCACGGCCGCCCACUGCAGGAAGCAAGGUUUCAGAGUCCGCCUUGGCCACCAAUCCCUGUCACCCGUUUAUGAAUCUGGGCAGCAGUUGUUCCGGGGGCUCAAGUCCGUCCCCCACCCUGGCUACCAUCACCCGGCCCACUCCAAUGACCUCAUGCUAAUCAAACUGAACAAAAGAGUCCGUGUCACGCAGGACGUCAAGCCCAUCAACGUCUCCUCCCGUUGCGUACCUGCUGGCACCAACUGCAUGGUUUCUGGCUGGGGGACGACCAGCAGCCCCAAAGUGAACUUUCCCAAGGUCCUCCAGUGCUUGAAUAUCACUGUGCUAAGUCAGGACACGUGCAAGAAGGCCUACCCAGGACAGAUAGAUCGCACCAUGUUCUGUGCCGGCGACGAGGCAGGUCGGGACUCCUGCCAGGGUGAUUCCGGGGGGCCUGUGAUCUGCAAUGGCAGAUUGCAGGGACUCGUGUCCUGGGGUGAUUACCCCUGUGCCCAGCCCAACAAACCCGGCGUCUACACUGACCUCUGCCAGUUCUCCAAGUGGAUCGACAACACCAUCCAGGCCAACGCCUGA